GAAUUUCUCAUAAAGGGUGAUUCAUGAAGUCUCUCUCUCCGUGUAUUGUACUUCUAAUGAUAGCGGUGUUCUCGAACCCGAAUUCUGGUUCUGGAAGAUUCUUUUGGUUACUUCUUGAAGAUGACUUGACAAGCUCAGGUUAGGCAGGAUAUUGGUGUAUUGAUUGUGCUCCACUCUUAUGGCAAUGAGGAGGAGGUAUCAAUUGGAACUGUGUAAGAAAGCUUUGGAGGAGAACAUAAUUUUGUAUCUGGAAACUAGUUAUGGAAAGACCCACAUAGCCAUGUCGCUUAUGUAUGAACCAGUUGAUACUCAAACCUCAGAAGAACAUAUGUGUGUUCUGAGUCCUGGAGAUUGUUGUAGUAUAUAUGGAUCAAAUUGCUCCCAAUGGAUUAUUGGAAUGGAGAUUUUGAAGCCUGAAAUGUUUCUAAAGAAGAUGGAGAGAGAGGUUAGAAGAAGAGGAAGAGGCAGAGGUUUGUUUUCCAUCAUCUGUUGUAGCUUCAAUUUGGUUGAAUCAAUUAUAAAAUGCAUGAUUUCCUCAGUCCUUGAUGCUUUGCUUUUGUUGAAACCAGGAGAUUGAGGACCAUAUUAUGAGAGUUGCUAGGACUGAAGACCACUAAAUGCUGAAGAAUGGAGUGGAUUUAUUUAUUAUGCAUAUAUAUGGUCAAGUAAUGUUUAAAUGUAGUGUUAUGAACGUUGUCAAAUAGCAUUGGUAGUAGUAUAUAUAUCAAGCUCACUGAUUUAGGUUCCUUUUGUGACAUUGGACUGUAAGAGUUUGUGUGACAUAUUAGAAUCUGCUUCUUGGCCCCGUGGCUGGUAAUCUUAAAUAGAUUCAGCCGUGUAUGCUUGAGCUAUUAGUUGAUUUUUUUAUUCUGACGAUGUUUUAAACCCUUCAGUUCACGUUUCUUAGA